AAAUGUCCUCGUUUGAUUUGAAAAACGAGACCGAAGUGAAGGAGUACAUCGACAAGCUGGGCGUCGAGUACCGGUUCGGUUGUUAUUCGGAGAAAAAACCGGAAGUGUGCCACCUGUUGGGCGACUAUCUAGAAGGCAUCCGCAAAGACUUUGAGAAAGCCGCCAAAGUGUACCGAUCGAACUGUGACGAUUACAACUACGGCAAGAGUUGUCUCAAGUAUGGCAACUACACGUUCCUAGGCAAGGGUCGCACGUCGGAAAAGGGUGACCCAGCGAAAGCGUUCAGCUACUACGAAAAGGGUUGCACACUGAACGAUCCCGACGCUUGUCUGCACAGUGGACUGCUGCUUGUGUCGAAGCUAAUGCCCAAAGAAAUCACCCGCGACGUGCCGAAGGGUUUUGAGCUGUUAAAGAAAAGCUGCGAAAUGAACAAUGCGGGGGCUUGCUUUUACCUUUCCGGCAUGUAUAUCUCCGGUGUGCUGAAGGAGGAGUACCAGCAACAGCAACAGCAGGCAGCAAAAGCAGCCGAAUCAAAGCCCACGACAGAACAACGACCACCCGGUGCGUACGUUGUCGAACGCAACAUGGAAAAAGCUUUCGAGUUCGCGUACAAAGCGUGUGAGCUGCGCAACAUGUACGCUUGUGCCAAUUUGAGCCAGAUGUACGCGAAGGGCGACGGUACAGCGCGCGAUGAAAAGAAGGCCGAAAAGUACAAAAAGCUCGCCCUGGAAAUGCAGGACGAGGUAAAGAAGCAGCAGCAACUCACAUUCCAGCAGGGUUUGAAUCCGACGUAA